UCUGAAUAUCUAAUCUGUGAUUUACAUAUACCGCCGCAGCCAUGUCUGGAAGCGCCUACGAUCGACACAUUACCAUCUUCUCAGACCAGGGUCGUCUGUAUCAAGUUGAAUAUGCCUUCAAGGCCAUCACCUCCGCAAACAUCACCUCAUUAGGUGUCAGGGGGAAGAACUGCGCCGUGGUUCUGUCCCAGAAGAAGGUCGCUGAUAAAUUGAUCGACCCCUCCUCCGUUUCGCAUAUCUUCAAGCUUUCCCCUUCCGUCGGAUGUGUUAUGACCGGCUCCAUCGCCGAUGCCAGAGCGAGUGUUGACCGUGCCCGUGGAGAGGCGGCCGAGUUCCGAUACAAGUACGGCUACGAGAUGCCCUGUGAUGUCCUUGCCAAGCGCCUUGCGAAUAUCAACCAGGUCUACACGCAACGGGCUUACAUGCGCCCGCUCGGCGUCGCCAUGACCCUGAUUUCCGUGGACGAUGAGAAGGGGCCCCAACUCUACAAGUGCGACCCGGCAGGAUACUAUGUCGGGUACAAGGCGACCGCAUCCGGCCCCAAGCAGCAAGAGGCGCUGAAUCACCUGGAGAAGAAGCUGAAGAACAAGGACUAUGCCGAGGGCAGCUGGGAGGAGGUGGUCGAGCUGGGCAUCACCGCCUUGAGCAAUGUGUUGAGCGUCGACUUCAAGAAGCAUGAGCUCGAGAUCGGCAUUGUCGGAGGGCCUCGGGCUGAUGGCAAAGAGGGCACAGAUCCAAGCUUCCGUGCCUUGACAGAGGACGAGAUUGACGAGCGGCUGCAGGCCAUUAGCGAGAAGGACUAAGUGAGUUGAGGAAGCAAGCAUCCAUUGUUGUUAGAGACAAACGAUCCAUGAAUACUACUUUUUGUGACGCUACUAUUGGAACUUGAUUAGCCAACCCCCGAUCUGGUAGAUGUGUUCCCUAGGUCUUUCCUCUUGACUUGUCAACUGCCGAUCGAUCUCAAAACUUGGACAGACGUCCGUGCAGGCGCUUACUCGGAGUCGGAGAUGGUGAAGCUAGAGGUCCCACUUGUUUCUUCAGACGGUGGCGAUUUGAAAGCAGGGGUCAGAGUCAAUGUGAUAGACCUGAGGCCCUUGCUGCAAGAUGACAGGCUUGAUGAAAUAUCGGAGAGCAGACGACAGCGGCCCCGCUGCGGGAGUUGAUUACAAGUAGCAUCACAUUGGGGCAUGGAGUAAGAAUCGCGUGGAAUGCAGGUGUUGUAAGUGAGGUGGCCG